AUGGCUUCCAAUACGAUCAAGGUCGUCGCGAGGUUUCGACCGCAAAAUAAGAUCGAACUUGCAUCGGGAGGAGAACCGAUCGUUGAAUUUGAGGCAAAUGACACCUGCAAGAUUAAUUCUAGGGAGGGAACCGGCACGUUCACCUUCGAUCGCGUGUUUGGCAUGGACUCUAAGCAGACGGACAUCUUCGACUUCUCGAUUCGAUCAACAGUCGACGAUAUCCUCAAUGGUUACAAUGGAACGGUCUUCGCUUACGGCCAGACCGGUGCUGGUAAAUCGUAUACCAUGAUGGGAACGGAUAUUGACGAUGAUAUGGGCAAGGGUAUUAUUCCACGAAUUGUCGAGCAAAUGUUUGCUUCAAUUCUCACGAGCCCCAGCAAUAUUGAAUAUACCGUCCGAGUUAGUUAUAUGGAGAUUUAUAUGGAACGCAUCCGAGAUCUUUUGGUCCCGCAACAUGACAACCUGCCGGUCCACGAGGAAAAGUCUCGAGGUGUAUAUGUCAAGGGUCUGCUAGAGAUAUAUGUUUCCAGUGUCGACGAAGUUUACGAGGUCAUGCGCCGUGGCGGAGCAGCCCGAGCUGUUUCGGCAACCAACAUGAACCAGGAGUCGUCCCGCUCCCAUUCGAUUUUCGUUAUAACUGUCACGCAAAAGAAUGUCGAAACCGGAUCAGCUAAGAGCGGUCAGCUGUUUUUGGUGGAUUUGGCAGGUAGUGAAAAAGUUGGCAAGACUGGCGCGAGUGGACAGACGUUGGAAGAAGCCAAAAAGAUCAACAAAAGUUUAAGUGCACUCGGAAUGGUUAUCAACGCGCUUACUGACGGAAAAUCAACGCAUAUUCCGUACCGUGACUCGAAGCUUACCCGUAUCUUGCAGGAAUCGUUGGGAGGUAACUCCCGGACAACACUCAUUAUCAACUGUUCGCCAAGUAGCUACAAUGAUGCCGAAACGAUAUCAACGUUGAGAUUUGGUGUUCGUGCUAAGGCUAUUAAAAACAAGGCAAAGAUCAACGCGGAGCUAAGUCCUGCAGAGUUGAAGCAAUUGCUACGGAAAGCGCAAGGCCAGGUUACAAACUUCGAAACAUAUAUUUCAAAUUUGGAAGGCGAACUGCAGUUAUGGCGUGCUGGUGAAUCAGUUCCUAGGGAACGUUGGACCCCAGCAAUUUCAGAGACCAUAGCCCCUAAGCCCCGUCCUGCCACCCCUUCGCGCCUGCAGACGGAAAUUGUGCGCGCCGAGACACCUAGUCGACCUGAUUCGCGGUUAGGAGAUCGCUCUAGCACACCAAGCAUUGUUCUAGAAAAGGAUGAGCGGGAAGAGUUCUUACGCCGCGAGAACGAACUGCAAGACCAAAUCGCUGAGAAGGAGUCUUAUAUUUCCACCGUGGAGCGAAGUCUUCAAGAAGCCAAGGAAGAAUUGAAGAAUAUCAAGGAGUCAUCCACUCGAACUGGGAAAGACAAUGAGAAACUCAACACCGAAAUGAACGAAUUGAAGAUGCAGUUGGAGAAGGUUUCUUAUGAAAGCAAAGAAGCUGGUAUCACUAUGGAUAGCUUGAAGGAAGCGAACGCUGAAUUGACUGCUGAGCUGGACGAAGUCAAACAACAGCUUCUUGAUGCACGCAUGCGUGCAAAAGAAACUAGCGCAGCUCUCGACGAGAAAGAUAAGAAGAAGGCUGAACGUAUGGCAAAGAUGAUGGCAGGGUUCGAUUUGAGCGUGAAUGUGUUUUCGGACAACGAACAGAGGUUGAAGAUGCUAAUAGAAAAGGUCGACUCGCUUCACAAAGUUAGUGCCGCUGGUGAGGCAAUCGCGCCCGAUGAUCUCCUGGAGCUGCGGGCUAGCUUAUUAGAAACACAAGGAUUCGUACGACAAGCUGAGCUUUCGAUGAAUGACCGAAGUGAAAUACAUGAGCUGCAGGACAGCAAGAGAUUAGAGUUGGAAAAGAGGGUUGCUGAGCUGGAGGCCGAGUACGAGGAAGUCCUGAAGCGGAAUUUGGGCGAGGAUGAUGUCACUGAGAUUCGGGAGAGGUUGGAGAAGCUGUAUAUCGGACGACGGGACGCUGAGGCCAAGGCUGUUGCUGAGCUCAAGAUCGAGUUAGCUCGCAAGGAUGAAGAACUACUUCGGUUACGUCAAAACCUUGCGGACUCCGAAGUCAAGGCGGCAACAAACGGCAAUGCCAGUGGUACUGUCGCAGUCACCAACAAGACAUUGCAGCAGCAGAUUGCGGAUUUCGACAAUAUGAAAAAGUCUCUCAUGCGCGAUCUUCAGAAUAGAUGUGAGCGAGUUGUCGAGCUGGAGAUCUCUCUUGAUGAGACUCGAGAGCAGUAUAAUAAUGUCCUCCGUUCCUCGAAUAAUCGUGCCCAACAGAAGAAAAUGGCUUUCCUGGAACGAAACCUUGAGCAACUUACUCAUGUGCAGCGUCAAUUGGUCGAACAGAACAGUAGUUUGAAGAAGGAGGUCGCCAUUGCCGAACGCAAGCUUAUUGCGCGUAACGAGCGUAUUGCUAGUCUCGAGAAUCUGCUGCAAGAUAGUCAGGAGAAGCUUACUGCAGCUAACCAUAGAUUCGAGGCACAGUUAACCGCAGUCAAAGAGAGACUAGAAGCAGCCAAGCAAGGCUCAACGCGCGGAUUGGUGACUUCAAUGGAAGGAGCAUCAGGUCUCAGCUUCGGCGGUUCACGCAUCGCCAAACCGCUCCGAGGUGGAGGUGGUAUCGAUGUCAACGGCUCCUCUGGAACAUCACAACAAGAACCCGCAAAGCGAGGAAGUUGGUUUUUUGAUCGAAGAUAAAUUCCUUGACACGUACAGACAAACUUAUACGACGUGAAGUUCCCCUUGCAUUGGUAUAGUCACGGUUUCUGUUUUUGAAAUAUUCUUCAUUCUUUCAUUCCUGGUGUUCUCAUUUCACGUUCAUAAACACCUCAGUCCCGUACGUUUAUAACUGCAGUAGAACGAACAGCCUCUCCAUUCGUCGAUACAUUUUCUGCCAAGGAUCUUUUACAUAGUCUUCAGAAUACCCAUCAUAUAUAUCGAUUACAUUAUUAUGUAUAUCCCUCCAGUUGCGGCUACUCUAACAUUUAGCUGAAUGAUACUCAAGUCGACUCGUCC